AUGGCGGGACCCGGCAGCCGCAUGUCGGUCUACUCAAACCAUUCGAACGUCCCUCGACCAGCCCAACCAUCCGCACAACUCUCGACCACAACCCUGCUCAACGCGCUACAUUCUGUCUGGACCGCCAGCCAGCCAUAUGCACUAGAGUCUAGUACUAGUCUUGUCGUCAACACAUGGGUCACUAGCAUGAUUGUCGGGCCUGAUGGCAGGCAAGGGGGUACAGUCGACUCUGAACUGGGUCGACGUGCAUGGGAGCACGCCAGAAGAAGAGCCGAGGAUGGAUGCGUUGUCUUGGGCUCUCUCCACGAGUCUACACCUUCGCUCCUCGUCCCCUUUCUUUCCUCGCUGCCCGUUGCGGUACCUACAACUCUGUACACUGCACUCAACGCCGUCCGCCCCUUCCUCUAUUCAGUCACACCACGUAAUCCGUCAACAGCACAACAUAACGGUCUAGCGGCUGUGCUCAACCUCAAUCUCGAGGGCGAGCUGACAGGCGCCUCCCUCAGCCUUUCUUCCUCUGGAAUCAACGUUGCUAAAGGUUUGACUGAUGUGCCUGCCGAGAUUGGCCACCGUGCCUUCGAUGUUUUCUACUACUUGCUCUCCAGCGCCUCGCCGGCCGAGAAGAAAUUCCUGAACCUACAAGAACCCAAGGCCUAUGCCCUUCUGAAANAGACCGACACCUACACUCCUCCAUUGUAUCUCCCCACAGCCGAUGAUGCUGCCGCCGCCGAUGACUUCCGUGCCUCGCUGAAGGAGAUCGGUAUCAAGGGAGCUGCUCUCAGAAACAUGCUUUCUGUUGUUGCUGCUAUCCUCAAGCUCGGGGAGACUAUGGGUUUCCUGGUUGACGAGGAUGUACUGGAGAAUGUUUGCGAAGAGGUGGCUGAUUUGCUCGAUCUGGACACCGAUGUGUUGACCAAAAAGUGCGACACUAUGGAACGUCAGACCUUGAUGUCCGCCAUCUACGAGGCAUUGGUCGACUGGGUUAUCGCUCGCGCCAAUGAAGCCAUUCGCAUGGAACUCCGCAAUGGCGGCCUUGCAAACUCAUCCAGCGGUAGCGAUACAGAAAACUCUGGAGGUAUCUUGACCCCGCCUCCGGGCGAGGAUGGUGCAGACACCGUCAACCUGACCAUUCUCGACUUGCCUAGUGCCACUCUGGGCAAGGCAAUGGCCCUGCGUACUGUCUUUGAUGAUUCGACAGGCAUCAACCUCGAGAUGAAAGAAGACGGAGUGCCAUCUUACCACGUCGGUUCUUCGAUCGUUCGAGAGAUGACCGACGCUGUCAACGACAACGCAGCAGAGCUCGAGCUUCCCGACUCUGUGGCGACCCGAGAGCGUGAGGAGGUACUCGAUCGCCGUGAGACACUCCUUGAGAAAGUGGGUGUUGAGACCGAAGCGGACAGCUUCUUGAGACGUCUUCUGUACCCGGUCGAAGGCGAGGGCAUCCAGCUUGGUAAAGCCGGCCGGUUCAGCCUCAUGAACCUCUUGGGAAGCAGUCGCGUCUGGUUCCAGCUCGCCCUUCAUCCUACUGACGAGUCUCCGGCAUCUUUGGCAAACCACUCGCCUAACAGUUUCCCAUGGUCUGCAGGAUCUGUGUCCAGCCAAAUUCGUUCCUGGAGACUCNCUGAGUGGGCCAACCAUCGUAACAAGAAGCUCGACUACACUGCUGACUUCGACAUCAACGAGUUCCAGGAGCGCUAUGCACGCCUCGGCUGUCAGCUGGGUCGCGAUGGUGUCGAGAGUUGGAUCAUGGAGCGUGGUUGGAGCAAUGGAGAAGUCGUCAUUGGCCACGAGAGAAUCUGGAUUCGCGAGGCCCCCUGGUGGGAAGCCGAGUNNAUGCUUGAUCUCAUCCCUAUGGACCCAUCAAUGGACGCCGCCGGACCUUUCGGUGGUCAAUACCAGGUAUCUACACCCAUGGUCGAGGACGCCUUCUACCAACAACCUUACCACGACAACCCUAGCAAUCCUUUCCUCAGUCGUAACCAGAGUUUCGCUAGCAGAAGUCAACUCGGAGCCAAGUCUAUCGCACCUUCAAAAGCACCGACUAUGCAAGGUCGUCCCGGAGACUAUGGUCUUGGUACCAAGGGUGACGACAAAUACGGCGAUGUUACCUACUACGGAGAGGUUGAAGAUGGCGACGCGAAGGUCAUCACCGAGGUACCCAUCACUUUCAGUCGCAAAGCUUGGAUCUGGGCCGUAUGGGCCUUGACUUUCUAUAUUCCCUCGCCCGCUCUUCGCUAUAUCGGUCGCAUGAAGAGACCCGAUGUUCGUCAAGCAUGGAGAGAGAAGUUCGCUCUGAUGAUCAUCAUCUUCAUUAUCAACGCUACCGUCGUCUUCUACAUCGUCGCAUUUGGUCGUUUGCUCUGCCCCAACAUGGACAAAGCUUGGAGCGCCAAAGAGGUCGGCUACCACGCAGCAUCGAACGACUACUAUGUCAGCUUCCGUGGACACGUAUACGAUCUUACCAAGUUCCACAAAACCCAGCACAGUGAUGGUGUCACACUAACCACCACUGCCAACAUGGAACCUUUCGGCGGUACAGACGUCAGCGAAUACAUUGUCCCUCCUCUCAGUGUUGCUUGUUAUGGUCUUGUGGGAGCCAACUCUACCCUCACACUGCAAUCGAACACAACUUUGGAAUAUCCUCAGGCCACCCAUAGCUCAGGUCCUAUAGCUGCCCCAGAUACGGACUCGGCACUCAACAGCAUCAACUGGUAUGGUGAUACAUUCCUGCCUAAGAUGAAAGAAUUUUACAAAGGUGAUCUGGUGGUCAAAAAGAACAAAGUCAAGAGCGAUGGACAGGACAACAACCAUUAUUGGUUCACUCUCGGUCAAAGAAUCUACGACAUGACUGAUUAUUUCCACACUCUGGAUCUGAUGAAUGACCUUGCCACCUACGAAUUCUUCCCCGAUGAAUUUUCGGCAAUAGUUCAGAGCAAUCCUGGUCUCGACAUUAAGCAAGAGUUCGACAAAAAGAUUACCAACGUGACCGAGCACUCCGCUAUCACCCAAUGCUUGGACAACAUGUUUUACAGUGGUAAGCUCGAUUUCAGAGAUUCCGCUCGCUGCCAGGUGAACAACUACAUCCUGCUGGUAUUCACCAUAAUUCUCUGUACUGUCAUCGUGGUCAAGUUCCUGGCUGCUCUGCAAUUCGGCUCUAAGCCUCGUCCCGCUCCGCAAGACAAAUUCGUCAUCUGCCAAGUUCCUGCCUACACCGAAGGUGAGGACCAUCUUAGGAAAGGUCUCGACUCACUCACAUCCUUGGCAUACGACAACAAGAGAAAAUUGAUCUGUGUCAUUUGCGACGGCAUGAUUGUUGGAGGUGGUAACGACCGCCCAACGCCCAAGAUUGUUCUGGAUAUCCUUGGAGUCGAUCCCAAGAUUGAUCCUCCUGCUCUUCCAUUCAAGUCUAUCGGUGCUGGUGCCGAACAGUUGAACUACGGAAAGGUCUACUCUGGUCUAUACGAGUUUGAAGGCAACGUAGUUCCCUACAUUGUCGUCGUCAAGUGUGGUAAAGAGUCUGAACAGGUUAAGGCCAAGCCCGGUAACCGUGGUAAGCGUGAUUCGCAGAUUCUGCUCAUGAGCUUCCUCAACAGAGUCCACCACCGUUCUCCCAUGUCACCACUUGAGUUGGAGAUGUUCCAUCAAAUCAACAAUGUCAUCGGUGUUGACCCUGAACUUUACGAGUACCUUCUCAUGGUCGAUGCCGAUACUCUGGUCAAGGAAGACGCUCUCACCCGCCUCGUUGCUGCUUGUACAAACGACUCCAAGAUUGCCGGUAUUUGUGGUGAAACGAGUCUCGAAAACGAGGAACAGUCCUGGACUACCAUGAUUCAGGUCUACGAGUACUACAUUUCCCAUCACUUGUCAAAGGCUUUCGAGAGUUUGUUCGGCAGUGUCACCUGUCUUCCCGGAUGUUUCACCAUGUACCGUCUCCGAACAGCAGACAAGGGCAAACCUCUUAUCAUCGCUGACGCCGUCAUUGAAGAGUACAGUGACUGCAAUGUCGAUACCUUGCACAAGAAGAACUUGUUGUCCCUUGGUGAAGAUCGUUGGUUGACCACCUUGAUGACCAAGAACUUCCCUCAGAUGUCCUUCAAGUUCAUUCCUGACGCAUAUGCCCAAACUGCUGCGCCCGAGACAUGGAGCAUUCUUCUCUCUCAAAGACGUCGUUGGAUCAACUCGACUAUUCACAACUUGGCUGAACUCAUGCUCAUCAAGGACAUGUGUGGCUUCUGUUGUUUCUCCAUGCGCUUCGUCGUGUUCAUCGAUCUGUUCGGUACUGUCAUCCUUCCGGCUACUGUCGUUUACCUGGUUUACCUCAUUAUCACCGCAUCGACCGGUGGUCAAUUCCCUCUUAUCUCGAUUAUCAUGUUGGCUGGUGUAUACGGUCUGCAAGCCGUCAUCUUCAUCGCCAAGAGACAGUGGCAGCACAUUGGUUGGAUGAUCUGCUACUUGGCUGCUUAUCCUCUUUACUCGUUUGUCUUGCCUGUCUAUUCCUUCUGGAAGCAGGACGACUUCUCGUGGGGUAAUACUCGUGUCGUCAUUGGAGAGACAGGUGCCAAGCAAGUCAUUGCUGUGGACGCUGAAGAAUUCGACCCUCGCAGCAUUCCUCUGCAGCGCUGGGACGACUACGCUUACUCAAACCAACUUCCUGGUCGUCGUGGCAUGGUUGCUCAGGAGAAGGAAAUGGGCUUUUCGCCUUUCCAGGACAAUGGAGGAUACGAAAUGGAUGAGAUUCGCUCAGUCUACUCUUCUGUUCACCCGGCCUCCACCAUCCUCACCGGCCUUCCGAACAACAACAACAUGCCCUACCGUCCCCCUACUCAAUCGCCUGGCCCAUACAACGCAUACAACCGUAUGUCUAGCUACUCGCGCUUCACUGACGCCAUGCCCGGCGCUAACGAGAACUCACGUCUCAUGUCCAUGGGCAAUAUGAGCGACACCUCACCAGGCCUUCCACGCAACCACAGUGGCCAAUACCUAUCUCAACCCGACUUGCUCUCCCCCAAGCUCUCACCUCCCNCCUCGGCAGGCUUCCCUCCUCGUUCCCGCAGCCCGCUGUCUCAGACCGCAUCCCGACCCGCCAGCACGUUCGGCCUUCCCGGCUUCCAGACCCAGGGCGUCGCCGACAGCCAGAUCGUCGAUGCAGUCAGAGAUUGCUUGAGAGAGGUUGACUUGGACACAGUGACCAAGAAGCAGUUGAAGGUUCUUACGGAGCAGAGAUUGCAAAUGCAACUGGAUCCUCAGAAGAGAGCCUUCUUGGACCAACAGAUUGAUUUCGAGUUGGCAAAUAUGUAG